ACUAGAAGUGUCAUCGCGAACGAAAGAGCGAAAUUUAAAAUAUUUACAGAAAAAGAAAUGAGAAGUUUUGCUUGAAAAAAUUUCGUGAAAAUGUUAUGGUUACUACCUCCCUUAGUUAAGACAAUAUUUUAUUUAUUUGGAUGUCCAGUUGGUGGCGUUUUCGCAAUAUUUAGCAGCAUAUUAUAUUCGCUGUGCCUAUUUUUUGUGAUACCAUGUUAUUUUUUGUACGCGGGUCCUACAGCUGCAAUAAAAUUUUCUUGCUUCUUUGUGCACAUUCUCUUCUGCUUGGAAUGUUACCAAGAAUUGUUAAAUUGGUCGUACCAAUGGUGGAAUUGGUUCUUUUUAUUGUCUUGUUAUUUCUACCUAUCAAUAUCACUCCGCCAUUAGCAGUAUGGAUGUAUGAAAAGCUAUUGUAUAUAUCUUCUCCGUUUCUGUCUGCAUUUGAAGCAAUACAUGUUGUCUUGCUCAUUAUGAAUACAAGUCAGAAAGUUGUGAAUGAGAUGGAAGAAAAUCCUUUCAUCGUCAAGUCUUUAAUACUUGGUGUUGCUGCAUUUUCUACAUUACUUGGCUUCAUUUUGUCUCAUCACAUUUGUUCAUCCUAUCCAAGAUACUCAAUCAUAAAGAUUGUUGAACUUCUUGUCAUUGUGAGUGUCAUUUUGUUUGUUCUAACACUUUUCAAGGAUGAAGGCAUAAUUAAUGAAGUUCCAUGUCUUUUUUUUGUUAUGAUGUGCAUUGUUUGGGCAUUGGCUAAUGAGAGUUCUUUGAGUAAAACAAAAAUAAAGCUACAUACAUUAUGGCUCAGUGAAAUCCCAAAUCAGCCAUCCAUUCUGAAUGCCUUUAGAACAGUUGCUUCAAAUGGAUUAGCACGUCCAUUUUAUCAAAUCAAGAGUCUUUUUUUUCAUCUGAUCUCACCAUCUCUUCUUCUCAUGACUGGAGUGAGGAUUGUAAGUCUUGGAUACAUUGUGAGUGAAACAGAAAGGAAGUUGAAACAAAGUCCAGAUGACAGUGAUUUUGAUGAUCAAGAAUAUGAUUCUGAUUUUGAUGACGAAGAUGAAUAUUUAAACACGAAUAACGUGUACUUCUCGCGCGUCCUCGUCAUUUUCGUACUCACUGAAUUCUUCCUCCGUGCCAUGUUUACCGUGACGUCAGCAAGUUUUACGUCAUCGUAUCCUAGCAACGAGACAUUCACAGCUCUUCGUGAGCUGGAGGACUGGUGGCGGGAAACUGAUAUAGCGAAGAGUUUCUUGGAUUUUCGAAUAAUUCGCAUCGUACAGUUGUGUUUGCUUGUCGUUGUUUACGUAUACAAACUUUUCUUUCGUGAUGACGUCAUUAACGAUGAUGGAUGGUAAGGAGUGAUGUGAGUUGCUGGUAGUUCAUUGGCUUGUAGUCUUCUUAAUUACAUAUGUUAAAGUAAUAACAUGAGACACACGCUACUCGCUGAUUAAAGACGGAGAAUUUCAAUCGGCUUAAAAUAUUCAUUAUGGUUACAGACAUAAACGUUUUCUUGUUAAACCUUUUAGUAUAUAGCGCAGAACAUGAACAUAUCUACAAGUCUGUAUAUAGUUAAAUUUUUUGGUCCUUAAACCGUCUUGAGGAUUUCUCAUUUUUCGAUGUUUAUAAAAACAUCUAUACUACAUAAGAGUUUUUGUGUUUUAACGUUUUAACUCAUCACCAUCUGAAACAAUUAUCAAAUUAAGAUGUUCAGGAAGCUCUUUUUAUCUUUAAAAUAAGCAUUUGAACAUACAAGGCAAUAAUUAAGCUCGCCGACACAUUCCGCAAUAGCUCAACACUCAAUUGCUCAGUUAAAAAAUACUCUUUGUAUUGAGUUGAGAGGGGCAGUUGCAGAAAUAUUUUCUUGUGGAUUUUUACUCUUGUAAAAAUGCAUUUCGCUUGUGAAUUGUCGAUCUUAAGUAUUUGUAAGUAUUUGUACAUCUAGGCUGGUGUUUUGUGAUAAUAGAUGUUUGUGUAUGUUUU